AUGCUGAAUUGGCCGCGAGACUUCUUCAUCGACCGUAACUUCUGCGUCUGUGUUGGCAAAUCGCUAUCUGCGUGGUAUUGCGCUCCCAGUGGGGUUCCCCAAGGCUCGUUUCUUGGUUCAUUACUAUUUGUGGUUUAUGUGAACGAUCUGCCCGGUCAACCAUUCAAUCCAUCCCUCAUGUAUGCAGAUGGUGUCAAAAUGUGGUGUACAAUCGAGGGUGCGAAUGAUCGAAAUUCUCUUCAAGUUGAUUUGAACAACCUGGCUCAGUUGGCGGACGCCUGGUUCUUCCACUGA